AGCAACAGUGGCAAGAGCACAAGGUAUGGCAUUGUCUUAUUUUUUUUCGAUCUCUGGUGUGUUGAUCUUUAGUCAAGUUCUUGGGAUCAAGGACAGAUCCUCAAUGUCUUCAACUGCAUAUUUUUGUAUUAUCGCUAGCUCGAGGUGGAAGGGGAGGAAGGGGCGGAUUUGGUGGACGUGGAAGUGACAGAGGCGACUUCCGUGGUCGUGGUCGUGGCAGGGAUUAGAAUGGAUAAAGGAACGGUAAAGGGCUUCAACAUUGCAACAGCUAAUAUCAACAGUAGAGCAGUCAUCUACUAUUGCUGGCUUUCCUUGGCUCUUUUAUUUAUCAGGACCUCAGGGCAAAGCGACCAAAAAGAAAUAUAUACGCGGAUCGACAAUGGAGUCUUUCUUUCUUUCCUUCCUUCCUUUAUUCUUUUGUUUCCCGUACCACAUGUAAUGAUAUCAACUGAACACUCCAGGACUGAAGGAGAGCGCAAUAAAAUAAAGAACUUGCAUGGAUGAACAAGUACACCUAUUGAACC